AUGGCACGCGAGUCCCCUUCUACGCUCCAAGGGAGGCUGAGGAUAGAGAAAAUGAGCAGGAAUGGCAUCCUACCCACCUGCGUGUGACUGUCCUGCGUGCCUGCUCCCUGCGCACAAAGGGAACUGCUUGCAACCCCUAUGUUGUGAUCCAGCUACAAAAGCAAAAGUUUAGGACCUCCAUUUCAUCCCACAGCCUAACUCCUGAGUGGCAUGAGGAAUGCUUACUGCAGCUGCCCAAUGUGCUGGAUGACUCAAAAGAGCACAGCCUCGUCCUUACUGUCAUGCAUCAGUCCUUGCAUCAUUUCAGCCAGUUCCUGGGCAGAAUCUCCCUGCCCUUGGCUCAACUUUUUCAGGACAAAACAAAGAGAAAAAAUGAGUGGUUUGUGCUGCAAUCGAGGCAUGGGAAGAAAGAGAAGAUGAGAGGACAGCUACAGCUUGAUAUCCAGUUUCUGCAGAUCUCCUCACCAAGCAAUGGGCCAUCACUCAGCUCUCGUGGUGGCUGGUCUCUCUUCACCAGAUUUUGUGAUAGCAGAAAGGGAAGCAAGUACAAGGCAUACAAAGAAACUCAGUCCCACUCAUCCAGCAUGACAAAUGAAGAGGAUUCAUCUUCUUCCAGCGUGAACACAGAACUAGAGAUCUCAACAGCAAAGUCUGGACCCAAGUUGGGGGACUCGUUGCCCAUUGUAGCAGCAGCUCUAGCUGGGAGAAAACCUGCAUCCACAAUACAGCUGCAAAAGCUCACGUCACACAACUACAAGGACCUUUCAUCUGAAGCUAUGAACUUGGCAGACUGUUCAAGUCAGUCAGAGCACCCAGUUACCCUGGAACAGUUUAGUAGCAUCUUCACUUUGCCUCCCAAUAAAAAAUCUAAGCCUCUGAAAGAAGAGAGGAGUCCAGAGGCAGCAGGUAUUGCUAUGGAGCCUUGGCAACCAUCUCUUCUUCUGCGUGCUGCAGGACCCAGUGAAAUCCCUCCACAGGCACAGACCCUUCACCUCUCUACAGUGAGCCUUCAUCAGACCACUAGCUCUACAACCAGCCGCUUCCGCAGGUGCCAGCUGCGACUGCAUAGGAGCUAUCACUCCUGUCUUAGAUGUUUUGGUUUGGGUUCCUGAUAUUGGGGUUUCAGAUCUGUCUCAAAACUCUCUUGCUGAAAAACUAAUUGGAAGAAGCAGCUAUGUACAAAUGUAUCAUAUUCAAAAAAUAUCUGGGGGUGUGGCUGGUUUCUUUGAUGCUGUGGAGCUCCUGGCAAGAUCAAGGCUAGUCAUGGAUCAGAAGACUGGUUUAGGUUAGGACUCUGGAUUCUAGAAUUAGAAAGUUGCAUUGUUAGAAAAGGAAAGUGACAGGAGAAUAUGACAAUUCAUGUGACAAUGCUUACGUACAUGCACUCAUACAUAUUCCACCCCAUGUUGUCCUUU